CUCGCUCUGUGUCUCUCUGAUCUUCAUUGAAAAUGAGCAAUCUGAGCAUGGUGGAGGCAAAGUUGCCACCAGGUUUUAGGUUCCAUCCAAGAGAUGAAGAACUGAUAUGUGAUUACUUGAUGAACAAGACGACAUGCUGUGACCAACCUCCGCUUAUGAUUGAAGUUGACCUCAACAAGUGCGAACCUUGGGACAUUCCUGAAACUGCAUGUGUGGGAGGCAAGGAGUGGUACUUCUACAGCCAGCGUGACCGGAAAUAUGCCACCGGACUACGAACAAACCGGGCCACGGUAUCAGGGUACUGGAAGGCUACCGGUAAGGACAGGCCAAUCAUCCGCAGAGGUACCCUAGUCGGGAUGAGGAAAACCUUGGUGUUCUACCAAGGGAGGGCACCCAAAGGAAGAAAAACAGAUUGGGUCAUGCACGAGUUCCGGCUUGAAGGACCCCUCGGGCCUCCUAAACUGUCUUCCGUCAAGCUGGAAGAUUGGGUAUUGUGCCGUCUGUUCUACAAGAAUAGAGAAGUUCCAGACAAACUAGGCAUGGGAAAUGGCGAUGAAGACACAAGCUCUUCGUCUCUUCCAGCGUUAAUGGAACCCUACAUCACUUAUGACCAAACUCAGACCAACGUUACUCAAUAUGAGCAAGUGCCCUGCUUCUCCAUUUUCACCCCAAACCCAACUUUCUCUCAGAUCAUUAAUAUUGACCCAAACGUUUGCACCAAAAUUACACCCAUCCUUGAAGGUAUGCCAGACCUUGGUACAUAUUUAGACCCUUCCUCUUGUGACAACAAGGUAAUAAAAUCUCUUUGGAAUCAUUUUACUAAGUUGGAUAGUAAUCCCAACAUGAAAGGUUCGCCAAGCUUUGGGGAGGGAAGUUCUGAGAAGUUAUUAUCUGAACUGGGUUUGUCCACGAUGUGGACCAAUUAGCAAGGAUUUCAUAGGGGUUUUCCCCAGGAAAGUUAUCUUAUUAUUACGGUACACUAGGCUUUGUAAUAUAUGGUGUUUAAACAGUCAGCAAUUUAUAUCUAUUUCCUAUACGGAAUGGAA